UCAGUGCAGUUUUCCUCUUGUCAGGUUACUGAGGAAGAUCUGUUGCAGGACAAUGAAAACAAAGCCAAACUCUGCACCAUUGGAGAAAAAGGAACCUUGAUCUGUUGCACUGAUAUUCGUUUGCGAUGCCUGGUUUAGGAUCAAAGAAGAAAGACUAUGUGUCCAAACCAGACAGACCUAUGGGUGACUUGCCCCAGCUGAGCAACGAAAUGCAGCUCAGCAUCAUGAACAGAGUAAAAAAUGGGGAGAUAUCCAUCGACGACGCUCUGAACCAGGCAAGAAAGGAAAGGGAGCAGCUUCUCCAUGAACAGCCUCAGAACAAUACAAACCAGCAAUACAACUUCAGUGUUCAUAAACAUGGCCGCUACAGGUGGCAGAAGCGGGUUCUACAGAUUGAUUUCAAGACAAAGAUGUUGUGCAGUAUAGAGAAAGGCAUCAUCAAACGCCAGCUGCCUUUCAUGAUUGUCAAGAGCUGUGAUGAUGGAGUUGGUUCUAGGUUCUCCAUUUCUUUUAAAGGACACCAUGACUAUGAGCUGGAGGCUACAUCACUAGAGGACAAACAUAAGAUGAUGCAGCUUGUGAAUCAGAUCAUUCAUGGAAACAUAUACAGCGGCUCUGAAGAUGAGAGUUCAGAAUCACAGCAGGAGCCUCAAGCAUCGCAGAGCCUGAAAACAGGUGUAUUGUUAUUGCACAGAGGAGGACUGGCAUCUUUUAAAUGGGUGAAAUACACAGCUCAGCUGCACCCAGGGGAGCUAACACUGCUUCCAGUCAGGCAGCAAAGCAACAUAGAUGGUGACGUGACAUCCUCGGUUCCUCUUUCCAUUGUAAUUCAUUUAUCAGACGGUCACACCAGCGUACAGAAACCGUAUAGCCCUGACACCUUUGUUCUCAACACCCACAAAAAUGAGUACCAGUUUAGAGUCCCUGCCUCGGAGGAAGCAGGUUCUUCUAGCACUGUGCGUGAGCGGGAUGCCUGGGUCAAAGCCAUCCAUAAACUGUGUUCACAUUGGAAGAGGAAGUCCAGGUCUGAAAACAUGUUUGUGGAGUCCAAGACAUUACAGCAAAUCAGCAUACCGGAAGAUGUGGAUGACGACGACUCAGAUCUAGAGACGAGUGACCAUGAAAAUUCAGAUCCCGCAUCCAAAGGGAAAGACAUCUCGUUAUCAGGGGAAGCAGGUCACAGUUCUCCCUCGGCUGAAACAAAGCCGGUCCCCAAACCUCGCAUUGGAAAGAGUGCUGUUCAAGUUACUGCUGGGUCAGAUCAUUUGAGUCCCAUUCCGUCUCCAACCUCUCCCUGUGCCUCUGUCCCAAACUUACCCUCCUCUCCUCCACCCUCACCCUGCCAUGUAGGGGUCACUUCCUUAUCGUCCGGCCCGGAGUCUCAAAAACCACCCUUCCCUGUUGUGAAAAAACCUCCACCCUCAGUAAUACCGGCUCCACCACCUCUGCCUGUCAGAAUAAGGAAAACCUUUAAAAAAUCCCGGACAAAGGCUUUCCACUGGGACCUCAUCGGCUCUGAAAAGAUUGCAAAAACAUUUUGGGUUCAGGAAAAGAGCAGAGGGCCUGAAAUUGACACAUCGCGUUUGUACGAUCAGUUCGCAGUCAAGGAUCUGGGAACAUUUGAUACGUCUGACUCCAUUAGUUCUCAGCACAUAUUGCUCAACCAGAAGAUUGCACACAACUUCAACAUUUUCCUCAAAAGUUUCCCAGUGCAACCAGAGGAGCUGAAGGACAAACUGUUUAUUAUUAACGAGGAAGAAGGAGGCCUGUCUGAUGAGCACAUCACCUCUCUAAGAAGGUACGUCCCUACCCAAGAUGAUGUGGAAAUGUAUAAAUCCCACAAGGGGCCAGUGUCAGAGCUGCAUAUUGUGGAUCAGUAUAUGAUGGAGGUAUGCACUUUAUUUAUAUAGCAUAUUUCAGUUGUA